AUGUUUGUACCCGCUGCUGAGAGGAAGUGUUGCUUUGUUGUGAGCAGGCGGCGCUGCAGCUGGCGGAAGAGGAGGUCGCCUAGUCCAGUUUCUAUGCACUGGUACAGAGACAGAAAGAUAAAUGAGCUGGAGGAGAGAAAAGAAGAAGGAAAAAGACGGUGUCAGUCAGAUAACGGGAGGGUUACUAUAAUGGCCGCUAAGUCGGAUGGAGUGUUAAAGAUGAAGAAAAGCGACGUGGCUUUUACUCCCUUGCAAAACUCUGACCAUUCAGGCUCGGUGCAGGGAUUAGCCCAAGGAUCUCAGCCGGAUUCGGGAACCGGGGAGGUGGACUACGUGGAUGUGGAGUCCCACUGUUGUGGCUCCUCUUCCCUGUGCCUUCGUCUGGGCAGGGAGCAACAGAACUACUCGGUGUGGGACUGUCUCUGGAUUCUCGCCGCGGUGACCGUUUAUUUUGCCGACGUGGGCACAGAUGUUUGGCUCUCCGUAGACUAUUACCUCCGCGGCCAGUACUGGUGGUUCGGACUCACUCUGUUUUUCGUGGUGCUCGGUUCGUUUUCUGUGCAGGUCUUCAGCUUUAGGUGGUUCGUACAUGAUUUCAGCACCGAGGAGAGCGCAGAAACUGCUGGUGCUGCCAAUGACUCUCAUGUGGAUGGGAAGCUGGUCAGCGGCUCUGCCGCACAUGGAGACAUGGAUGCCCGUCUUUCAACACCACAAAGACAGGCUUCUACAGCCAGCAAGAGCAACGCCACAACUAACAGCAGCAACAGCAGCACCACAACUAGCAAGACUAGAACUGCAUCUUGUUCCCUUUGCAUCUGGCUCUUGCAGUCAGUCAUCCACAUCCUGCAACUGGGGCAAAUCUGGAGGUAUUUCCACACCAUAUACCUUGGCAUAAGAAGCCGUCGGAGUGGAGAGAAUGACAGGUGGCGCUUUUAUUGGAGAAUGGUGUAUGAGUAUGCAGACGUGAGUAUGCUGCAUUUGCUAGCUACCUUUCUGGAGAGCGCUCCGCAACUUGUCCUGCAGCUCUGCAUUAUAAUUCAGACCCACCACUUACAGGCUCUCCAAGGUCUCACAGCAGCAGCAUCCUUGGUGUCCCUGGCCUGGGCUCUGGCCUCCUAUCAAAAGGCUCUCCGGGACUCUCGUGAUGACAAGAAGCCCAUCAGCUACCUAGCCGUCAUCAUUCAGUUCUGCUGGCACUUCUUCACCAUUGCCGCCCGGGUAAUCACCUUCGCACUCUUCGCCUCUGUGUUCCAGCUCUACUUCGGUAUCUUCAUUGUCCUGCACUGGUGCAUCAUGACAUUCUGGAUCGUCCACUGCGAGACCGAGUUCUGCAUCACCAAGUGGGAGGAGAUUGUCUUCAACAUGGUAGUGGGGAUCAUCUACAUCUUCAGCUGGUUCAACGUCAAGGAAGGACAGACCCGCUGCCGUUUGUUCAUCUAUUACUUUGUAAUCCUUUUGGAGAACACAGCCUUGAGCGCCCUCUGGUACUUGUACCGGGCUCCGCAGAUCACUGACGCCUUUGCCAUCCCUGCUCUCUGUGUCGUCUUCAGCAGCUUUCUGACUGGAAUAGUCUUCAUGCUCAUGUACUAUGCCUUCUUUCACCCCAAUGGACCCAGGUUUGGCCACUCACCGAGCUGCAUACUUGUGGACCCUGCGACCACCUUUACACUACCCCCCGAGGUUGCGACCAACACCCUGAGGGCAGUUUCACAAAAUCGGGUGCCUGUGGCGGCACUAGAUAGGGAUCCGAAAUACACAGAGAGGGACGGCUGCGUGCCUGUGUUUCAGGUGAGGCCCACCGCCCCUUCCACCCCAUCCUCUCGUACUCCGCGGAUAGAGGAAACUGUGAUUAAAAUAGACCUGUUGAGGAACAGGUAUCCUGCCUGGGAGAGGCAUGUGCUGGACAGAGGUAUACGCAAGGCCAUCCUAACACUUGAGUGUUCACCCUCUCCCCCCCGGCUGCAGUAUAAAGAUGAUGCUCUCAUUCAAGAGCGCUUGGAAUAUGAGACCACACUGUAGCCUUUGGGGAUGUCUUCUUAAAAAAACUGCUAGAGGAUCAACUUAAGGGUGAACAGCAGGAUUGUGGCAAUAAGUUCCUAGCUCUCUCUAUACAUAGCAUCAAUCCAUGAUGUUGAUUGUCAUGGAUUGAAAAUAAGCACGAUUUCUAUUUCAUUUGAAGGAUGUAUUGUUGUUGUUUUUGUACGUUUUUUUUAAGUGUACCUGACAGGGAAUACAUAUACCAAUAAGAGGGCAUCACAUCCAAGAAUCUACACACCGCAACCCAAAUUAUUUGCAGUUUUUCUUUCUCUGACUCAAAAAAGGGAAUUGGCCACUUGAACAAACACCAUGUACAGAUAACAAGCCAUAGCUCAAAAGCAAGAACUUCAGCUGUCUUCUAUUUACAAUACCUUGUAGCUGCUUGUUGUUCUGCCUUCCCAUAUUGAGAUUACUUAAGCUCAUUUCCAGGCUCAGCAGCCCAUUUAAUUAAACUAUAACAUAAUCAUAUUGAAAAAGUACACAUUUUUUUAACCUAGUGGAGGAGCAGAAAUUAUAUUUACUAUAUACAGUACCCAUGGGAACAUUAACUCACUAGAUCCUUAAUUCAAGACUCAUUAUGCUGGCCACUGUGUGUGUUAUUAAGACGCCAUGCUCUUAUUGUGCCAAAAGCUCUAUAACUACUGGACUUUAUAGACUCAAGGCAUUUUUGCAGAGAGAAACUGGGCAGCAGGAAUCAGCAAUCAUAAGCAUGUACUUGAAUUUGCAUCUUAGUUGUCAGAGAUGCUAGUCAAAUAAUACGCACCCUUAAACAGGCUCAAGGGCAGACUAAAUUAUGAUAUUUACAAAGGAAGAGAUAAACAGACAGUUGAGACCCAUUGGCAGCUGAAUAUAUAUCCUCAUUUUCAAGUUGCAGGCUUGAUGGACUGCAGGAUAAGCACACAUGUGCUGAAAAAAAGAAGAUGCUUUGUAACAGGACUCUAAAGCCAAACCACACAUGCAGCAAAUAAUUGCAACUGUAAUAUUAAAGAUGCAACAUUCCUUUUUACUGGUUGUGGUAUUAAAGUCACUCAGCUGUAGACAGUGGAAGCAUUGUUUAAAACCAGGCACAGCGGAGUUCAGGCCUAAUGAUGGUCAUUCCUUUUUAAGCUACAACAAAAAACAAAUAACCUUGAUAUCCUUUUCAGAGCACCUGUGUGCAUCCUGCUGCUCUGCUCAAUGCUAAAACAAGUAUAGGGCUGAAACCACUUCUGUCAUUGUGACUGUCAAUAGACAUUGCUUUAAACCAAGUGACUUCAUGAUGGCUGCCAAGGCAUGUUAAUCACCUCAGAAACUUGUUAAGCCAUUAUUUUGUUGUGCAUAUUGGUAAUCAAUGGAAUAAAAAAGGAAGCUGCAUCUUUAAGAAUUCUAGAGAAGCUGUGUGGGGUUUAGCUGCCCCAUCAGCUUUAGCUCCAAAACUUCUGUUUCACCAAGAUAAAACAAAAACAAAGGCUAAAUGAAAGAAAGAAAAACAAACACAACACGUGUUGGCAACAGGAAUCACAACACUCCAACUGCUAUAUUUAGAGUGUAAUUGCAGUUAGUGUGGGAGGGGAGGUAGGAUUAACAAAAGGCCAUUUAAUGUCACUAACUGGUAGUUGUUAGGCUAGCGUGUAGUUAUUAGGCUAACUUGUUUUAUUUUCUAACAGGAAAUAACACAAGAGAGGUGGUGGACUCCUUUAAUACACCAAUAAUAAGUAUAUUUAACUGUCAGAAUUAACCGAUCUAAUAUACAGUGUACAAGUACUUGACAUAUAAAGAGGCAAAAAAUAAAUUCCAAUCCACACGCACACGCACACGCACACGCACACACACACACACACAGUAGGGAGUCAAUUAUCCAAACUAAUUGGGACCAAUACUAGUUUGCAUGAUCAAUUUGUAUGGCUAAUCAAAUAGGUAUUAAUAACAAUUACUGUACCUUUAAUAAUGUUUAGAAUAAUGUUAACAUACACAAGUACAGAAUUAAGUGCACAAGUACCUACUGAUGAUAUUCAGCUAAUAACCUAUUCUGUCACAUUAAGCAUUCAAAAUUCCAAAGCUUUAUAAAUCAUUAAAUUAAUGCAAUUCAGUAAAAC